AUGCCCAUUAUGAACAGCGAAUAUUCUGUUAAGUCUCUGGAAAUUCCUGUGAGGGAAUUGGAGAGUCGCUACCAGAUUAUUGGACCUCUUGGCAGUGGGAGCUUCGGUACAGUCUCCUUAGCUAAGGCAAGACAAGGAACUAUGGAAGCUCUCUUAGUUGAUGAUACUUCCAGAGCGGGCACGAUGAUGCAAUCGGUCGGAGAUCGUCCUUCAAACCCAACCGUUGCCAUCAAGUCGACAAAUAAACGGGUAGUCAAGCUGAGCGAUUGUUCCAGGCUGAAAGAGCUGAACUUCAUAUGGGCGAUCAAGGCACAUCCAGCACUUGUUCAAAUUUUUGAGGUGUUUGUGGAUUCAAAAUCUUUCAAGGUGCAAAUUGUAAUGGAAACCAUGGACCAAAACCUCUACCAGCUCAUGAAAGCCAGGAAAACUACUCUGUUUUCCCCUCGCACUUUGAAGAGUGUUCUCAGCCAACUUCUAAGUGCAAUUCGUCACAUUCACAGGUGCUCAUACUUCCACAGGGAUAUCAAGCCAGAGAACAUCUUGGUGAUGCAAACUGUCAAUUUUUAUGGUUCUAAGGAAAACAUCCCUCCUAACCGCAAAAACGACUCCUACAUCGUCAAGCUUGCAGACUAUGGAUUGGCUCGUCACGUCCAGAACACCAAGCCCUACACAGCUUAUGUCUCAACGAGAUGGUACAGAUCUCCCGAGAUCCUACUGCGGGACAGACAGUACUCAUAUCCUGUAGACGUUUGGGCUUUUGGAUGUGUUGUCGUUGAAGCUGCUACUUUCUCUCCACUGUUUCCAGGAAGUAAUGAGAUUGACCAGAUCUUUCGCAUUCUGGCCAAACUGGGAUCUCCAAUCCCACCUUCAUUUUACAAAGGAACCCCGGUAAUGACAGAAUCCAGCAUUGAUUCCGACGACGUGGUAAACGAGCCUUUCGGAGGAUACUGGCCAAAGGCGUAUUUGCUAGCCGAGAGCUGUGGUUUCAAUUUCCCUUUGGCAGAGGGUGAUUGUUUUGAAAAUAUUCUAUCAAGAAGUGACCUGGGAUCCGAAUUUUGGAAGCUAAAGCAAAUAGUGAGAUACUGCCUUACAUGGGAUCCAGCAACUAGAGCAACUGUUGAGGAUAUAUGCGCAGAAAAUUACUUCGACGACAGCGUGAUCCGCGAAGAUGACAGGUUGAAGGCAAGCACCACCAACCCCGCACCAGACUGCAACUUACCUCUGAGAGGUAGACCAGAGCCUUUUGCUGGGCUUUCAACAAAGUCGCACAAUGUUCCAGAUCUGCCUCCACUGGAAGAUUACGUUUCAGAGAAGCAGACAGUAUCGAAGACCGAGCAAUUCGAUUCUAUAGCACGGGCUUCUCGAAACCUGGCCAACGAUGAAAACUAUGAUCCUCGUUUCUCAAAAAAACUCCGGAAGCUGCCUCGAAUUCCGUCCAAGUACUUUCAAAAACAGCAAGCCGCAACAGAGGCGAGCGACACAGGAAGCAUUUACGACCAUGCCACACCAGAACUUGUCGAAGACAUCCUGUAUUCGUCGGAUAAUCCUUCCAACUAUGAAAAUGCCGAAACAUUUGACGAAAGAAGAAUUAUUGACAAGCUGUUAUACGAUUCUCUGGAUGCGACGUGGAACGAGAAUGAAUUUCAAAAACUAGUGGGAAGUGAUUCUCUUUUGGAUUGCGAAUACAACGACAAUUCGUGCAACCUCUCUCAAAAUCCAGAAGUCACCAACGGUUACAUUGACGAUCAAAGUAAGAACGUCUACACAUGGAUGUCAUCGUCUAGACCAUUGGAUGCUCGAUUGUAUAACGAGUCAUUGUGGAACCAUCAUGAUUACAAGCAUUCUCCCACAUGA